AUGGACGCCACCCGCCUGCCGAGCGACGUGCUUUACGGCAUCUUCUCCUGGUCGCUCGAGGGAUUGGUCGACACGAAGCGCAUCACGAGGGCAGUCGAGCUCGCUCGCGUGUGCAAGAGGUGGAAGCAGGACGCGCUGCGUGCAGGAUGGGCGACCGUCAAGCUCGGCGAAGGCGGGCGAUGCUGGAUGAAACGGGCGGCGCAGCUCGCCACCAACCCGACCGCGCUCUCUUCGGUCGUCCGCCUCGACGCCAGCUGCGGACACCUGCAGUUCGUGCCAGAGCAGGGACUCGCCCGCCUCGCCGACGUCCUCAACAAGGCGAAGGGCAUCGAGCAGCUCGUCAUGCCAACGGUCGACGCGUACAAGCUGCGUCACCUGAUGCUGCGGGCUUCCGCCCACGCACGCACGAGCGUCAAGCGCCUGGGUAUGACAGUCGUCCUGCACGACGAGCGCGAACUCGACAGCGUGACAGAGACCGCAAGCCUGUUCAGUCGCACGACCACGCUGUACGCCAUCUACCUCGUCCGCAACCGAUUCACGGCGGGCGGCUUGACGACGACGCAGGUGUCGCGUCCGCUGAUCCUCAACCGGCUUGUCCUCGGAAUCUUCGACCAAUGGGCCUCGGCAGACUGGGCCAUCAGCCAGUCGCUGCUGGACGCGACGAUGACGAGCCAGCUUCGCAGCGUGCACCUGCAGGGCUGGAACGGGAGUACGAAUGUGCUCGACACCCUGGCGACUCGCACUCACCUCGAAGAACUGUCGAUCGGCGCGGACGCCAACGGCACCCUCGCACGCAAACUGACCGACAUCUGCGACCGUCUCCCGCAGUUCAGCCAGCUUAAAGAGCUCACGCUGUCGUCGGCAGAGGCCAGCAGGCCGCGCACCGCGUGGCGCAGGGCAAGCUGCUCGCUCUCACGCUUCCUCUCGUCGACGCCGCCCAACCUCUCGUCCGGCCUCAUCGCAGGAGCCUUCUUCGACGAGCGGAGGGCGCACAUUGCGCAGCAACGCGCGCCAGUCGGACCGCACAUUGCUUGCACGCUGAAAAAGCGAGGAAUUUGGCGGGUUGUUCAGUACGUGAGGCAGGCAGGCGCGGGCGGCGCGACGACCUGGAGGGCUUACGAGUAG